AUGGCUUGGCUCGGUUUGGGUAUCUUCUACGGCGGCGUCAUCACCGGGAUUCCAGUAGUGACGGGCGUUGCCGAAGGCGUACAUCACCAGAAAGAACAGAAUAAGGAGGCAGCAAAUGAGACGCGCAUGGUCAAGUUCUACAUGGACGUCUUCUGCGGCGCCAAGAGCAGCAAAAGAAGGGAGCUCGACGGAGGCAUCAUUGUGAUGCACAAAGAAAGAGCCUUCAUCUGCCCCAAGAACGAAGUCUCUGGCUUACCCGCCUCGCCGAAGCCUGGCGUUCCGCCGCCGCACCCUUUUACCGGCUUCUACAUCCAGUACCCGGACGAAGAUCGCAACCCGCGCGAGCGUGGCCUGGUGACGACACUACCGACGGACCCACCGAUGCUGAACUGGCUCUACGUCGACAAGGACGGGCUAUUCGUCACGCAUGGAAACCGCACGCAAAGCAUCGCCCACGUCGUCGGACCGUGGGACUGGACCGAUGACGAGCAAGGCGUCACGCUGGAGGGCUGGGAGGGCUUCGUCGCCGUCGAGCUGGACGAGGACGAGGAGGUCGACGGGCUGAAGUGGCAGCUGUAUUACGAUCGGUGGGACGACAAGUUGCGCAAAGGGACUAUGGUGGACGGGAGGAGGGUGCUGCCGGUGAGCUUGGAGAGGAGGAUGUUGCCCGAGGAGUUGAGGAAGCAGCAGGAAGAGGAGGCGGAACGGAAGAUGCAGGUAAAGAGUACGGGGGAUUUGAAGACCAAGUUGGAUUUGAAAGACCCGAAAGAUUACAAGCCGAGGAGGUAA